GGAGCUCAACCUGCUUCUUCUUCUUCUUCGACUUCUUCUUCUUCUGCUGCUGCUGCAGUGUCUGCUUCUACCAUCUUCAUCAUCAUUAGCCUCCCCCCCCCCCACCCGUGUCUGUCUGGCUGGCUCCCCCCUCCCUCCUCCCGCUUGCCUCCUCCCCCUCCCUCCAGUGAAGGCAUGGGCAGAUAGCGCGACAAAAGGGAGAGAGAGCAGGUAGAGAGACGCAGGAGGAGAAGAAGCAGCGCGGAGGAGAGAGUCGCCAUCGUCGGUAUUCCAGUCCGUUUGCCUCUCCAUCGUCAUUCCCUCACGGGCACGCGCCGCUCGCCUCCUCACAUCGGCAUUCCGCACGCAUUCCCGCUUCCCGCCUGCCUGCAGGCUGCCGAGCCUGCGUGCGUGAGCGCGUGUGCGGAGGUGACAGUUGUCGCCGAUGUUGGCGCGUGCACGAGGCGUGCGUGCGUGCGUGCGCCACCCCGGGGACGCUGCUGGUGUGUUUGAUCGCCGCUGCGGGCUGAGACGCUUCGCCUCGUCCCUGUUCGACUUCCUUCCUCUGUGAACAUGAGGAUGACCGUCUGAAGCCGCCCGCCGUCCACAAUCUCCAAAGCUUCUCAUCCAGGUCAAGGUGGUCCAGCCAGAUGGAGGUGAGUGCAUCAGAGAAACGCCAUCGAACGCGAUCCAAAGGAGUGCGAGCUGUCGUGGAGGCCGUGACGCAGGAGUUAUUCAGCUGUCCAACAGCGGGUUGUGACGGUUCCGGACACGUCAGCGGCAAGUACGCCCGGCACCGCAGUGUGUACGGCUGCCCGCUGGCCAGGAAGAGGAAGGUUCUGGAAAGACAGCCGCUGGAGCCUGCUGCCAAGAGGAGGCCCUUCAUCGCCUCCUGCCCUGCUGAUGACCAGGAGGAAGACGCCUCCUCUUACCCCGAUUAUGAGAAUGAAGGCAUGGAGGAGGAGGAGGGGGAGCAAGGGGAAGUAAUGGAGGAGGAAGAGGAUGAAGGUGAGAGGUUAGAGGAGGAGGAGUUCUCCGAGUACGAGGAGCAGCCUGAGGAGGAAGAAGAGGAUGAGGAGGGGAGGCCAGACGCAACAGUGGGAGGAGAAGAUGAUGACAUGGGGAUGGAUGAUGAGGAGGAGGAAGAGGAGGACGAAGAGGAGGAAGAAGAUGAGGAGCAUCAUCAGCAGGAGGUAGAAUUCCAACCUGGUGGACAAUCAAAGCCUAUUUCUGUCCACAAGGACGACAACAACAACAGCUGCACCCCCGGUCCCGGUCCCAAUCCAGGUCCCGGAUUAGGUCCCUGCGAGGACUAUGAGAACUAUGACGAACUGGUGGCCAAGUCUCUGCUCAAUCUGGGCAAGAUCGCCGAAGACGCCGCCUACCAGGCCAUGACUGAGUCAGAGAUGAACAGCAACUCCUCCAACAGCGGCGGCGAGGACGAAGACGAGGACGACGCCAGCGAGCAGGGAGACAGGAAGGGCGAUCUCAGCGUGGACCUGGACAGCGAUGUCGUCAGGGAGACGGUGGAUUCGCUCAAGCUCCUGGCACAGGGCCACGGCGCCAUGCUGCCAGAGGACGGCUACCCCGAAGGCGGCCUGAUGGACGGCGGUCACGUCAACGGGCGGCCCGGCGUGGGCGGAGUCCAGGCGGAGGAGAGCGAGGAGGAGGUGUGUCUCAGCAGUCUGGAGUGUCUGAGGAAUCAGUGCUUUGAUCUGGCCCGCAAACUCAACGAGACGCACCCGUCCGACCGGCCCGUCCUCCACCACCACCUCCACAACCCCGUGGACCAGCAGGGGGCGCUUCACCUCGGCAGGUACGACCCCCUCCAACAGGGACUGCAGGACGAGUCCAGGCCCUCGGAGCGCAGCUUCUCCGACAUGGUCAACCUGAUGAAGCUGGAGGAGCAGCUGAGCCCGGCGUCUCGAGGUUACCCGACCAGCUGCAGCCAGGAGGGCGACGAGGACACCACGUCCGUCGCUUCCGACCACUCGGACGACACCUUCGACAUGGCCAAGGGCAACCUGUCCCUGCUGGAGAAGGCCAUCGCCCUGGAAUCGGAGCGGGCCAAGGUCAUGCGAGACCGCGUGAUCUCGGAGCACAAGCAGCCCAGACGAGACCACCACCACCACCAUCAUCACCACCAUCAUCAUCACCAUCGUGGACAUGGAGAGCACAGCCCGAGGCUGAGCGGCGCCGGCGAAGAGCGCAAGUCCAGGAUUCACCAUGACGGCUUGAAGAGAGCGUUGUACCCUAAAGAAUCUUCCAGGGGGGAGAAGAAGGAGAGCAAGUGCCCGACGCCGGGUUGUGACGGGACAGGUCACGUGACCGGUCUGUACCCGCACCACCGCAGCCUCUCCGGGUGUCCUCACAAGGACCGUGUACCGCCUGAGAUUCUUGCCAUGUAUGAAAAUGUUUUAAAGUGCCCGACUCCCGGCUGCUCUGGACGCGGCCAUGUCAAUAGCAACAGGAACUCGCACCGCAGUCUUUCGGGUUGCCCCAUCGCUGCGGCAGAGAAGAUGGCCAAAGUGCACGAGAAGAUUCACCCGACUGAGAGCGGCGGCAAGUCCAAUCAGACGUCAGACCGCGUGCUCAGGCCCAUGUGUUUUGUCAAGCAGUUGGAGAUUCCUCAGUACGGAUACAAGAACAACGUUCCCACCAGCACGCCGCGCUCCAACCUGGCCAAGGAGCUGGAGAAAUACUCCAAGACCAGCUACGACUACGGCGCCUACGAGAGCCAACACGGAGCCUACGGGAAGAGAGGAACGCUGAGCAAGUCCCACCACAGCCGUGACACCUCCCCCAAGGGAUAUGAAGCCAAGCGCUACAGUAAGACGUCGAGCCCGGCCAGCAGCACCACCAGCAGCUACGCUCCCAGCAGCAGCAGCAGUCUGAGCUGCGGGGGCGGGGCCGGCGGGGGCGGGAGCAGCGCCAGCAGCACCUGCAGCAAGAGCAGCUUCGACUACACGCACGACAUGGAGGCGGCACACAUGGCCGCCACCGCCAUCCUCAACCUGUCCACCAGGUGUCGGGAGCUCCCGCACGCUCUGGGAGGGAAACCCCACGACAUGUUGGCUCAGAGCGAAGUGGGCGACCUGGACGAUGGCGGCCUGGUAGACGUGGGGGGGCAGCCAGGCGGACCAGAGGGCAGCGGGACGGUGCUGACGCCCCUGCAGCCCAUGUCCCCCCAGCGCCAGGCCCUGCUCAACAGCCACCGCUACCAGCUGAGCGAGUCGGACUGCUGGGACCUCCCCGUGGACUACACCAAGAUCAAACGUGUGGACGACGAGCACGAGCACAAGGAGUCGUCUUAUUUGUGGUCCCUACACCAGGGCGACGAGCUGGACCCCUUCCAGGAGCUGCUGGACGAGCAGCGCUACCCGACCCAGGUGUCCAUGCCCAGCCCCAAACACCACAAGUACCCCCCGUGCAAGGAGGCCAAGAAGGAGCUCCUCACGCUGUCCAGCUGUCAGCUGGCCGACAAGAACCUGCGAGGGAUGAUGGCCUCCAACUCACAAGACCUGAAGUGUCCCACGCCCGGCUGCGACGGAUCAGGACACAUUACGGGAAACUACGCCUCCCACAGGAGUCUGUCAGGUUGUCCUCGAGCUAAGAAGAGCGGCAUCAAAAUCCUCCACAGCAAAGAAGACAAAGAUGAGCAGGAACCGAUCAAGUGUCCUGUCCCAGGCUGUGAUGGACAGGGUCACGUGACAGGGAAGUACGCCUCCCACCGUAGUGCGUCGGGCUGCCCCCUGGCGGCCAAAAGGCAGAAGGACAGCUAUGUGAACGGCACGCAGUUCGCCUGGAAGUCCGGCAAGACGGACGGGAUGACGUGUCCCACUCCGGGCUGCGAUGGCUCAGGACACGUCAGCGGCAGCUUCCUGACCCAUCGGAGUCUCUCCGGCUGUCCCAGAGCCACCUCGGCUAUGAAGAAGGCGAGGAUGAGCGGCACGGACAUGCUGACAAUCAAGCAGAGAGCCAGCAAAGGCAUCGAAAACGAUGAAGAGAUUAAGCAGCUGGAUGAAGACAUCAAAGAUCUCAACGAAUCCAACAAUCAAGUGGAGUCAGACAUGAUCAAACUGAGGACUCAAAUCACCACCAUGGAGAGCAGCCUGAAGUCCAUGGAGGAGGAGAACAAGGUGAUGGAACAACAAAACGACUCGUUGCUGCACGAGCUGGCCAACCUGAGCCAGUCCCUCAUCAACAGCCUCGCCAACAUCCAGCUGCCUCACAUGAGGCGGCCGCCACAGAAAGAGCAGAACUGCUGUUUGCAGAGUCCUGCCACAGAGCCAAUGAAUGAACAGAACUUUGACACGUACGUGAGCACGCUGACAGACAUGUACACCCACCAGGAGCAGUACCAGAGCCCGGAGAACAAGGCCCUGCUGGAGAACAUCAGACAGGCCGUUCAGGGCAUCCAAGUGUAGCCCACAGCCAGCACACAUGCAAACACUCCACGCGCUCGUCCUUUUCCUGCUGCUGUAAUCUAGCGUCACGCCCGCGCCGCCAUCGCACCUCUUCUUUUUAUCGCCAACAUCACACUUUUGUACAUUUUCAUCCGCCCUGAUACAAUGUGACGUCCAGCUGCUGUCGGGGCUGGGAGGAGCAAUCAAAGCUGGAGGAGAAACAUCAUGACACGGAAACACGCCGGCGGACGGUGCUCUUAGCGGGCGCGAGGGAGGAGACAAUCUUAAUGAGCGGAUAUUGGCAUGAUCCCGUUUGGAUAUCACGUGACGGAGGAAGAGGUCUGGGGUAUAUGCAAUUUCUUAUCCAUUCUUCGAGCAGAGAGAUGAUUUUUACUGCGUUUUCUAUCCACCUUUUACUACAAUCAUGACUGAGCUGAAAGGACACUUUGCACGUUGGUUUCCAUGUUUUGAUGUUUUUAUUGCGGCUCGGCCGGAUAACGCUCGUGUUGCGCGUCCAUGCGGUUUCCUUGACGACGGCUUACAGGGUCAAACGUUUUUCACGUGGCGUCAUUGUACAUUGGCACCGCUCGUGUGCGUCCGCUCAUCGAGCCUCUUUCUUGUUUUCUCACAUGCAUGCACUUUAUCGCCGAUUGUCAGACUGCGGACACUCCGACUCCACUCCGGUGACUUCUGCGUGACAGCAGAUGGACAAGGCAAAGGACCGUUCCACCCGAUCGCUGCGAUUUGCUUGUCCAAACGCGUCAACAUCCAUGUAUCUUUUUUUUUCUGAAGCCAGGAUGACUCCUGUAAGUAACAGGAGUUGGACAAGACGUGACAUUUAUGCUAAUAGCAUGUAGACACGAAGCGCAUUACACCGAUUCAGCAAAACAUCUACAAAUAACAUAAUGAUGGAACUUCCUGUGGGUCAUGUGACUUGGUGAAUAUUUCAUAUUUGUCAAGAAGGGCAAUGUGUUAGGGCAGGGGUGUCCAAAGUGUGGCCCAGGGGCCGUUGUUAAAUUAAAAUGGAAAAAUCUGAUGGAAUUUGAGCAUUUUAUAAGAAUAAAGUGAAAAUAUGAAGAGGGAAAAAAAUGUGUAAUUUUACCAGAACUAUGAGGAAAAUAAUUUUCAUUCAAAUCCUCAUAAAGUAUAAAGUGGAUAUAUUACAAAUAAAAAAGACGAUAUAUUUUAAGGUCAUAUGAAAAACAAAAUUUUUUUUUUGGCAGGAGAGUUAUAAUAUUAUGAAAAUAAAAGAAGAAAAUGUAUGUGACAAAAAACAGCAGAAAUGGAAAACAUUGCUGUAAAUAGAAUAGAAAACAACAAUAAAUUUGUAAUAUAAUGAGGAGAAAUAUGUCAUUUUAGUAGCGUAGAGUCGAAAUAUUAAAGAAACAAAAUUUUAAGUUGUAAUAUGCCCCCAAAAAAGUUGUUAUUUUUGGAACAUUCAAUUAGGCAAAUGUUCUAAAGAUAAAUACAUAAAUGCUAUGGGAAUAAAGUCAUCCUAUUAUGAGGAGAACAUUUGGAAAGGAAAAAUGGGAAAGUUGAUCCCACCAGGCUUUUUCACCUGAAUGACAAAGCUGAAGUGCAGUGUUUUCCUGGAAGAUAUACUACAGUAUACCUUCAAGUAUACCUUCAUAUCCUUCAUUUGCCUGUACUGUAUGUGGCCCUGGCUGGAGAACCCUUUGGACACCUCUGUGCUAGGGUAACAGGACUGGGGGGCGCCACCACCAAGUGUUAAUUUUUAGUGUAGUUGAGAUAAGGAGUCAAAUAUUUUUGAAGAUUUUAAAUGAUUAGUUACCUCGUCAAAUCUAAAAAUUGCAUACAAGAUUAUUUUAAAUAGUAUUUCUGAAAUAUGCAAUGAUAUCAAUAUGCAGGACACUCUGUGUGAUCAAAAGGUAUUUAUUUUACUGUUCUUUUUGGGGGGCAUUUUAUUUCCUGGGGAUGCAAAUGGCACGGAUUGGGUGGAAUGGGCCAAGAAGGAAAACUCAGCCUCCAAACAUUGUUGCUGAACAACAAAGAAAAGCGUGCUUUUCUGUUGAAAUGAUGGAUAUAAAACAUCCCUAAUCAGCCCAUAAGAAUCCGGAGCCAUGGAAAGGCAAAUCCUGGUGGGUAAAACCCAUUUGGGAUGUUUUGCUCAAAUACUCAUUGAUGUAUCCUUACAUUUAUUCAGUGUCUUAUUAGCAUUUUUGCUAUCGUGACCGAUUUUCCUAGCUUGUUUUCUAUGAAUCGAUUGAAUAAAUACCGUAAGAAGAGUUUGACACACUACGGAAGCAUGAUGUCACAUGACAGCAACUUCCAAAUGUUUCCUAAAUGUCACUUUGGGACUCGAUGAGUUCAAGUCCAGCACAAAAAGCUGGAAAGGCCACGUUCCAGCAUGAAUGAAAGCGGGUUCUUAUGGGUUCAAUCAAGUCCAGUCCAUUGGUGAAACUUUAUGACAGACGUGUUUGCUUUGUGUUGGCUUCACUGAGCGACGUCACAUGACGAGCAUUUCCUGUCUGCAUCUCCCGCAUGAGACGCACCGCGGCCGGCAUCGAUUCCCUGACAGGAGAUGGACUUAAAGCACAAAGGAGAGUCAGCUGAUAGACUAGAUGUUAGCAUCCUAUGUAAAAAGCAUCUCCACACUGAUGUGUCAUAUGAAUAUUUGUGAAACGAGCAAAUUCUUUCCAGGAGUGCAGUAAAAAGACUUUUUAUGCAUCCACUUCUUUUAUUUUCCUCUCCUUUGUUACUGGGAAGCAUCCAGCUACUUUUCUAACCACGCAGCAUGACUCUGCUCUUUGUUGACAUCAUCGUGCUAUUUUCAUUUGACUUGUGGACUUUGUACAUUUUCUAUCAUGAUGGUGUUGGCAUCUCUUGCUCGGAAUAAAUCUUGUGUUGC